AAGUUUUCGUGCUCCUCGCCAUCCUCACCAGCUUACUUGGAAUUGACACAUCAUGGCUCCGUGAAGACGACAGCACCUGCUUCUUCUCAUGCCCCGGUUUCGCGUUCCCAAUGCUAGCCUCAUCGCCAGCGCCGACUUUCUCAUCCUUCCGUUUCUCGCUCCGAGAGUCUUCGCCCAGUCAUCGACGACGAACGCACACAGGCAACAGCAUGGAAGACCUAGCGCAACACGGGAUAAAGAGAAGGGUAGAUCAAAAUGGUUAGAGGAACAUAAUAGGGUUGAACAUCACGACGUUAUCUCGAACCCCCGACAGACAAAUGUACCAACAUGUCGCAAGCGAUCCACACAAGACACUCCUGCUGCGGGGCUCCUACGGACUUCUGGCCAUUGGAACAAAAGAACCAACGGUCCUGUUUCUGUCAAUCGUCUCUAUGCGGAUAUAUCGACAUUCACUCGCCAGUAUGCCCGCUCAUACGCAACGACUACAUCCAGCAACCAAGGCACAGCAGAUGAGAAGAUGCUCUCGCGACCUCGAGCUCGUCGGGCGCAGUCCAAUCGCACUCGUGCUUCCUCGUCCUCCGUCCAACGCACACCUCUGCGAGCUGAGAGACAUUCAAAACAACUCUCCUUGGAACGUGCGCGACUCGACAACUACGUCUCCAGACUACCUGCCUGGUUCUCACGUACAAGGCGCGACCAAGAUGGCCGAUACAGGUCUCUUCAGCGCCGCGUGGCAAAUCUCGUCAGCUGGAACCAGACGCACCUUGAUCUGACUGACACUUCAGCAAAAGAGAAUGGGCUUCAAUACGCGUUUGCGGCACUGGAUCGGCCCGUCUACGCAUCUUUGCGAAGAAACACACGUAGCGUCGUUAUAAAACACGACCCACGAUGUGCGCGAUUGAGUUGGGCGCUCUUUGCGGGAGACACUGAAUCAAGCCCGCGCCAAGUAUGGGACAGGUGGAAGGGUCUCGACAUCUCGACGCGGAAAGCCUACGCCCAUAAGUUGCUCAUUUAUCUCCUCGAUCGUAAGCCUGGUCGCGCUUUAUACUUCAUACAAGCUUUGGUUAACGAUCCACGUACCUGGGGCCGGAAGCAAGAAGCUAUUGCCGACGCUCUCAGUCAUCUGUCCAAGCUUCAUCGACACCGAUUGUAUCAGGACCGAAGUUGGGGUACUGACCUAGAAGCACGCAAGCGCGAAUUCGUCCCGGCCUUCUUGCACGUCUUUGUCAAGACGUUAUCUGGCCAGCCUGAUUUCUGUUCUCAAGACUUACUGUACAAUCUGGUCGAGCUAGCCAAGAUAGACGAUCUGAAGAAAGUGUUCGAUUGCCUUGUGGAACACAAGGCACGCGUUGACUACGAUACAGUGCUACACUAUGCCACUGCGUUUGGGCAGGCUGGUGAAGUGCAGUAUGCCUUGAAAUGCCUUGACGCAUUAAAAAGCCGACAUUCAGCUAAGGCAUGGGAGUCUGUUGUGGCGCGUCAAAGACUUCGCUGGGUGUGCGCUGUCAUACUGCGAAGGAGCAUGACUGCAACCAAAGACUUUUAUCACACUCCGUAUAUUGUCGCUGCUUUUGUAAACAUGGGUAUCCAGAUGGACUUACUUCUUUACAAUGUCGUCAUACACAACGCAAUGGAAGCUGGAGAUCAUGCCACGGCUUUCAAGGUGUACAACACCUUCGAAAACAAUGACCUACAGCCAGACAAAUACACGUUCGGGAUAAUGCUCCAUGGAUGUACCAUGCAAGACGAUCCAGCCUUUUUCCAAAGAUUUGCACAAUAUUGCGAAGAGGUAGCACAAGAUAUCCAGGACUCCUGGCUAGCAACGGAGUGUCUCUACUAUCUGUAUGUACGCUACAGAGUUGAUGGAAGCGUCGAACAGACCUCUGCCAUGCUAUGGCAGUCCUAUUCCAGACUUUUUACGACAACGCCUCUGCAGCCAUUCGUUGGCUACGGAACCGCAAGCCUAGGGAACGCCGUGAUGUCACAAGAUUCAUCUACGCCAGAGUCUGUGCACAUUUCUCCUUCACAUGUAGCGCUAUACAUCAUGCUGCAGACAGAGAUUCAAUCAGCUUUGGCAGUUAGCAACAUGCGAGUCUAUAACUUAUAUCUCAAAUUCAAGUCGGUCGUGCAAGAGGGGGGUCAUCCGGCAUUCAAUGCAAUGGUUCGGCAGCCGCAAAUCUGGAACGCCUUCCUCUACGCCUUUUGUCAAAAACAGCAAUUCGCAAACGCAUCACAGCUCAUCCAAGACAUGACGGAUGGCCCAGCAAAGCCCAAUGUCUACAGCUGGAAUAUCUUUAUGCAGGCUUUCUUCAAGACAGGCCAGAUACAAGCGGCAGAACGAAUUUUCGAGAUUAUGCGCGACAGGGGCACUGAUCCUACCAAGUACACCUGGGGAGUCAUGGUGCGAGGAUAUGCAAAUGCUCAACUUGUCGACCAAAUCGACGAUAUCUUACCACAUCUAGACGCCGAGGACGAGUCGGACCCUGAUUUACUGCGAUAUUUGGCGAAAGUAGUCGAUCGGAGGAAGUUGAUGACUGUACUGGAGAGAAGCAGACUACAGAAAGAGGCGAUUGCGCUAGAGAGAGCGGAGCAAGAAGCUGAAGCAGAGCGAUACUGGUGGCAGCGGGCACUCGAAGCCGUCGAAGUAGCACCAACAAACGCUGUUACUUCGGUCCAAUCCGGUACGACGGGCUCUCCAGCUGUUGAACCCCCAACUUCUCCAACCGAAGAGCGUUCUGGUGUGACUGGCUCUUCUGUUGUUGAAUCCACUGUUCCUCCAACCAAAGAGCAAUCCGGCUUACACCAAGACCAAGCCAGCGACCCUCCAACUUCAACGGACCCUCCUCGGAUGCCUAGUAACCAGCCGAGAGCACCGCGCGCCAAUUUGCAAGACCCUGAAGUUCAAUACAGGAAGCUCCAAGAGCGGCUAGGUCUUGUCCAGCCUGCUGCCCCCAUGGUUGACGAUGGUGUCGAGCUCAAACCGACCAAGAAUUCCCACGCGGCGCCCGUCUUCAAGAGUAUGAUAGACUUGGACAAGUCCAAACCCAGGGUUACGGAGCUUGGCAAAGCUGCUAGUAUGCGGAAGAGGGCUAGGGUAAAUCUCGCAAGACCGAAAGGUAGAGGUGAUUUGAGAUAAUGCGACUUGUUUGUAAUUAAAAUGGGAUAUGUGUAAUCCAUCCGCCUAUCGACGGAUUAUUCCAUGAUGAACUACGCUCUUGCUUGAUAUCCUUGCGAUG